AGUCAUUAACUACUUACUUGAAAACCUGUUUUUGGUACGUUUUUUUUUUUUUGGUGGUAAAGUAGCUUUCAAACCCUUUUAAUGAUUACAUGUUUUGAUUAUACCAUUCCACCAAACCUCCUUCAAACAAAUUGAAAGCUCAAACCUUUGUUAGAGUUUCACACCAAAGGAAGAAACCUAAAAUCAACAAUCAUGGACAUGAUGAUGCAGAAGAGGGUUCUCAUACUGCUCAUCAUAUCUCAUCAUCUCCCGGUGAAAAUACCGAAAACAGACGGCAAAGUUCCCGCAGUUAUCGUGUUUGGAGACUCUUCCGUGGACUCGGGGAACAAUAACCAGAUAUCCACGGUUCUAAAGAGCAAUUUCCAUCCUUAUGGCCGGGAUUUCAUCGGUGGUCUGGCCACCGGAAGAUUCUCAAACGGGCGGAUCCCGUCCGAUUUCAUUUCCGAGGCUUUCGGGAUAAAAAAGACGGUUCCCGCGUACCUGGACCCUGCAUAUGACAUUGCAGACUUUGCUACUGGAGUCUGCUUUGCUUCAGCUGGAACUGGCUAUGACAAUGCAACUUCUGAUGUGCUUUCCGUAAUACCACUGUGGAGAGAAUUGGAGUACUACACGGAGUAUCAGAGCAGGUUAAGAAGCUAUCUGGGAGAAGACAAAGCAGAGGAAGUAAUUGAGGAAGCACUUUACCUGAUAAGCUUAGGAACCAAUGACUUCCUUGAGAACUAUUACCCUCUUCCUCGGAGAUCAUCUCAGUAUUCUGUCGAUGAGUACCAGAACUACUUGGCGGGUAUAGCUAGGGAUUUUGUCACGGAGCUUUACAAACUCGGAGCUCGGAAGAUUUCUCUAACCGGGCUCGUUCCAAUGGGAUGCUUGCCCUUGGAAAGAACCACUCGUAUCUUAUACGGAAGCCAAUGUAUCGAAGAAUACAACAAUGUCGCCAGAGAUUUCAACACCAAGUUAGGGUUUAUGGUCACCGAGCUGAACAAGGACCUCAACGGAAUCAAGCUGGUGUUCUCAAAUCCAUACGGGAUCGUCUCUGAAAUCAUAAACAAUCCUGCAUCAUUUGGCUUCCACAAUGUGAAAAGUGCAUGUUGUGGAACAGGAUACUAUGAGAUGAGCUACUUGUGUGACAAGAUGAACCCUUUCACAUGUUCAGACGCAGACAAAUAUGUGUUCUGGGACUCAUUUCACCCGACCGAGAACACAAACGCCAUUGUUGCAAGCCACAUUUUCAAGCACAACCUCUCUCAGUUCCAGUGAUACAAACCGAGUUCAGUGCAGAUACAAGCAGAUAUGUUGGUGUGUCCAUUUUUCAGCGAGAUGAAAGUGUAACAUAGAAAUAAAUCCAUUGGCUAAGCUUCUUCCUUCUA